CACACGAUGGUUAGCGGCAUUACGGCUGAUGGUUGCUACCAGUAAAUUAUGACAAAUAGAAUAAAACCGAAGUAAAACUGCCGGAGUUCCGCAAAAGUGCCUAAUAUACGGCGCGCUGCGGGAUAAAGCGGCCAGUCGCUCUAUGUGCGCAGCACUUGCAGCUGUCCGCCGCCCGGGGGCGCAGCUUCGGCGUCGCCGUCAGUAUACACAAACAUGGCGACAAGGCAGUCAUUCAAGAUGCGGGUCCCCUUGCUGAACGCCGUCAGUCUUUUAUUUGUUGUCGUCCCGGGGUCCUUUUCCUCCAGUCUUUGGCUCCGCCGUGACCAGCGGUUCGCGUUGCCGCAGGAAAGGGGCUUUUUUUGGGUGAACGCCAACCGGGAGCAUCACGGAACGGGCACCGAAAGUGGAGCCGCGCAGCCCGGAGACGGGGACGGAUCCGCUUGGCGGACGCCCCAGCACCGCGCUCGACGGAGCGCUGCCGAGCCGCCCCUGCUCAAGGUGUACGGCGAGGUCAACCUGAAUGAUUCCCACAACCAGAUGGUGGUGCACUGGGCCGGGGAGAGGAGCAAUGUCAUUGUGGCGCUGGCCCGGGACAGCGCCGGCGCCUCCGGGCCCAAGACGAGCGCGGUGUAUGUGUCCUACGACUACGGAACCACCUUUUCCCACAUCUCGGAACGGUUCCAGCUGAGCGAUUCCAAGGCGGGCAACAAGCAGGCCAUUGCUCAGUUCUACCACAGCCCAGUCGACAACAAGAGGUACCUCUUUGCCGACACCACGAAUGGCUUCCUGUGGAACACGUUCGACUUCUGCAAGACUGUCCAGGGCUUCUCCAUCCCCUUCAAGCCUACUGAUCUCCUGCUGCACAGCACAAACCCCAGCCUGGUGCUUGGCUAUGACAGCCUGCACCCCAAUAAACGGUUGUGGAAGUCAGAUGACUUUGGAGAGACUUGGGUGCUGAUCCAGGAACAUGUGAAGUCCUACUUCUGGGGCAUGUGUCCCCCCCCCCCCCCCACCACAGUGAUCGUCCAGAGACACGAGCCAUCCGGCGCCUCCAGUGUGCUCAUCAGUACCGACUUCUACCAGAGUGAGCAGAACCGCAGCGUGAUCAUGGAACGUGUGGACAGCUUCCAGCUGCGUGACAAGUACAUGUUCGCCACGACAACGCGGACGCUGCUGGGGAGCCAGGAACCAUCCUCUGUCCAGCUUUGGGUCUCUUACAACCGUCAGCCCAUGAGGGCGGCUCAAUUCAACACUCGCCACCCAAUCACUGAGUACUACGUCGCAGACGCCUCAGAAGACCAGGUGUUCGUGUGCGUGAACCACCAGGACAACAUCACCCAUCUGUACAUCUCCGACACGCUGGGCCUCUCCUUCUCUCUCUCGCUGGAGAACGUGCUGUAUUACAGUCCUGAUGGCACUGGCAGCAACACACUCAUCAGGUACUUCGCCAGCGAGCCCUUUGCCGACUUGCACCGUGUGGAGGGCCUACGUGGGGUCUACAUUGCCACGCUGAUCAACGGCUCGCUCAGCGAGGACAAUAUGCGCUCCGUCAUCACCUUCGACAAGGGGGGCACCUGGGAGCUGCUGCAGCCCCCCAGCACGGACAGUCUGGGCGGCACCCUUGCCUGCCAGCUCUCCAAGGGCUGCUCACUGCAUCUGGCCCAGCGCUGGAGCCAGCUGCUCAACGUGCAGCUGCGGAGGAUGCCCAUCCUGUCCAAGGAAUCAGCCCCAGGCUUCAUCAUGGCCACAGGAUCUGUGGGGCGCAGCCUGGCCAAUAAACCUAACGUGUACAUGUCGAGCAGUGCUGGGGUUCGUUGGAGAGAGGCCCUGGCUGGUCCACACUUCUACACCUGGGGAGACCACGGUGGAAUUCUCAUGGCUAUUGCACAAGGUGGCCCCACCACGGAGUUGAAGUUCAGCACCAACGAGGGCGAAACAUGGACGCCUUUCCAGUUCUCCUCCAGGGAGGUGUACGUGUACCAGCUGCUGACAGAGCCUGGGGAGAAGAGCACCGUCUUCACCAUCUUCGGCUCCUAUGCUGACCAGGGUCACAGCUGGCUCAUCCUGCAGGUCAACGCCAGCGAUGUCCUGGGGGUGCCGUGCACGGAGGCGGACUAUAAGCGCUGGUCACCGUCAGACGAGCGGGGCAAUGGCUGCUUGCUGGGCCGUGAGCUGGUAUUCAAGCGCCGCACUCCACACGCCACCUGCUUCAACGGCGAGGACUUUGACCGGCCAAUCACCGUGACCAACUGCUCCUGCACACGGCAGGACUACGAAUGUGACUAUGGGUACAAGCUGAGUGAUGACCUGUUCCUCGAGGUGUGUGUCCCUGACCCUGAGUUCUCUGGCCGGCUGGAUGUCCCACCCGUGCCCUGCCCCGUGGGCACCACAUAUCGUCACAGCAAGGGGUACAGGAAGGUAUCUGGGGAUAGCUGCCAUGGAGGUGAUGUGGAAGCCAGGCUGGGUGGAGAGAUGCUGCCUUGCCCUGUGGGAGAGAGUAACGAGUUCAUCCUGUAUGCCGUGCGGAGCUCCAUCCAUCGCUACGACCUGGCCAGCGGCACUGACCAGCCGCUGCCAUUGUCAGGCCUGCGAGAAGCCGUGGCCUUGGACUUUGACUACGAGCAGAACUGCUUGUACUGGGCUGACAUUGCGCUGGACACCAUCCAGAGGUUGUGCCUGAACGGAAGCUCUGGACAGGAGAUCAUCGUGAGGAGGGGCCUGCAGAACGUGGAGGCGCUGGCCUUUGACCCCGUCAGCCGGCUCCUCUUCUGGGUGGAUGCUGGCGCUCAGAAGAUUGAGGUGGCCAACUCUGAUGGGGACCUGCGUCACACUCUGUUCAACUCCUCCGUGCUGGAGCACCCCAGGGCCCUGGCUCUGCUGCCUGGGGAGAGCCUGAUGUUCUGGACCGACUGGGGGGACCGUGCAGCUGGAGUGUACCGCGCCUGGAUGGACGGCACCAACGUGUCCUGCAUCGUGUCUGAGGGAGUACGCUGGCCCAACGGCAUCACCACCGACGAGCACUGGCUAUACUGGACUGAGGCGUUCGGGGACCGCAUCGAGCGGGCCGACUUCCUGGGCGCCCAGCGCACCGUGCUCAUGGAGGGCCUGCCACACCCCUAUGCCAUCGCCAUCUUCAAGAAUGACAUCUACUGGGAUGACUGGUCCCGCAUGGGCAUCUUUAAGGCCCCCAAGUCCGGCUCGCUGGACAGUGAGCUGCUGGUGGGCCGGCUGACUGGCGUGAUGGACCUCAAGAUCUUCUAUAGGGGCAAGACCAAAGGGCACAACGCUUGUGCCGACCAGCCCUGCAGCCUGCUCUGCCUUCCACGUCCCGGGCACCGUCAUACCUGCGUGUGCCCAGAGGGGGCGCCCACCAAGCAGCUGCCCUCGGGCGAGCUGCAGUGCCAAUGUCCAGCCGGGUACCACCUCCAGAACAACACCUGCAUCAAGAUGGAGCGCACCUGCCUCCCCAAUCAAUACCGCUGCUCCAACGGGAAAUGCAUCAGUAGCAUUUGGAAGUGUGACAGCGACAACGACUGCGGCGACAUGAGCGACGAGCAGGAGUGCCCCACCACCGUUUGUGACCCUGCUGUGCAGUUCCGCUGUGUUGCCUCUGGAUCCUGCAUCCCAUUGGCCUUCAAAUGUGACCAUGAAGAUGACUGCGGUGAUAAUAGUGACGAGGAGCACUGUGAGAGUCACCAGUGCCGUGUGGGGGAGUUCACGUGUGCCCGCGGAGUUUGCAUCCGUGAGGCGUGGCGCUGUGACGGGGACAACGACUGCCGAGACUGGUCAGAUGAGACCAACUGCACAGUGGGUCACCACACCUGUGAAUCCAGCAGCUUCCAGUGCCACACAGGCCACUGUAUCCCCCAGCGCUGGGUGUGUGACGGAGACGACGACUGCCAGGAUGGCUCUGAUGAGGAGCCCUCACGCUGCGGGGGCACUCACUGCAAUGGCUUCCUGUGCCCCAAUGGUACCUGCCUGCCCUCCAGCUCUCACUGCAAUGGCAUGGAGGACUGCCCAGGGGGCGCUGAUGAGCAACGUUGUGGUCGGUCCCCUCUCAUGCUUAGACUGCCGUAUGAUGCUGUUUUCUGUGUCUUGGGCUGGGGAGACCUAAAGUGUACUUAUUUUGAUGUGUUCGUGCGUGGCUUUGCUUGGCGGCCUUGGGUCCUGAAUCUCCCGACGUCAGACUCGUCACGGCUGCGGCAGGGUGUCUUUCGCCGAGCCACGCGGCCCGAGUUCGAGCGCACCUGUGACGGCUACAGCUUCCAGUGUGCCAACGGGGCAUGCGUCAGCCUCGAGUGGAAAUGCGACGGCAUGGACGACUGCGAAGACUACUCCGACGAGGCCAACUGCGGUUCUGCCACUGACGUUCCUGGCUGCUCCCGCUACUUCCAGUUUGAGUGCCGCAACAGUCGCUGCAUUCCCAGCUGGUGGAAAUGUGACGGCGAGAACGACUGUGGCGACUGGUCUGACGAGGAGGGCUGCAUGGGAGGACUCACCCCCCGUCCCACCACACCUGGGUCCCUCUCCUGUUCCCCUAACCACUUCCGCUGCGGCUCGGGGACCUGUAUCGUCAACACCUGGGUGUGCGAUGGCUAUGCGGACUGUCCAGAUGGCAGUGACGAGGUCGGCUGCUUCAAAGGCUCGAACAUCACCACGGCCCCCGUGCCCACCCAGCCUCCCGUGCGGCCCCGUCCCACAGGCCGCUGCGGAAAAGGCCAGUUCCCGUGCCUCCGCCCCCCCACCUGCAUUCCAGACUGGCAGCGCUGUGACGGGCGGCGGCACUGCCAGGACGGCUCCGACGAGAUCUCCUGUCCCACCCAGGGCCCUCUGACUUGCGUUAACGGCACGCUGUGUGCCGACGGAGAGGCCUGCGUGAUGGACAGUGAGAGGUGUGACGGUUUCAUCGACUGCUCUGACCACAGUGACGAGGACAAUUGCUCAUCUGACACACGGAUCUACAAGGUCCAGAACCUACAGUGGAGCUCUGACUUCUCCGGUGUUGUCACACUCACCUGGUCCCGGCCCAAAAACAUGCCAUCAUCCUCAUGCUACUAUGUGGUCUACUAUAGACUGGUGGGGGCACAGACCUGGACCACGGUAGAGACCCACAGCAACAAGAGCAGCUACGCGCUGACGGUACUGAAGCCAGACACCACCUACCAGGCCAAGGUGCAGGUGCAGUGCCUCAGCAAGCUCCACCGGAGCAGCGAGUUUGUGACGCUGCGAACACCAGAGGGAUUGCCUGACCCGCCCCGGGACCUCCAGCUCUCCUGUGACCUCAGCAAGGAGGGCAUGGUGCUGUGUUCCUGGCAGCCUCCGGAUCCAGCCCACGGACUCAUCCGGGAGUACAUCGUGGAGUACUUCGCAAAAGGCAGUGUGGAGUGGAACUCCCAGCGCAGCACCAGUACCCAGGCUGAGGUCAGGGGUCUGCGGCCCAGUGCCCUCUACAGUUUCCGGGUAGCUGCUGUUACCAGCCGUGGUGUAGGAAACUGGUCCGAUGUCAAAUCCAUCACACCCCAGGAAGCCCUUCCAGUGCCAUCUGUUGAAAUGGACCAUAUCACAGAAGACUCAGUCAGUCUCACUUUCGGUUUCAGUUCCCCGAACAAGGUCCAACAGUACAUGUUGGUUCUCUACUGGGUGUUCGACGCUCACGUGAGGGAGAGCAGGACCAUGACGGCUUCGGGUAGUAACCUGACAGUGACAAAGCUGACCGCCGGCACCAGCUACGAGCUGGCGGUCUGGGCCCACACCAGUGUGGGUGACAGUCCCACAGCCCAUACCCGGCUGCAGACGCACGGCAAUCAGCCGAGCCCCCCCUUCCUUAAGGCCCGCCCCCUCAACCAGAGUACCGUAGACUGCAGCUGGACCGGUCCCCAUGCCGAGCUGUACGGCGUGUUCUUCGCUACCUCCUUCCUGGACCUGUACCGCCAACCACACAGCCGCAACAGCACAGGCAGCAGCCUGACGGUCAGCGUGGAUAGCGAUGAGCAGUACCUCUUCCUGGUGCGAGUCAUCGCCCCCUACAUGGGCCCCCCCUCCGAGUACGCCGUGGUUAGGAUGAUUCCCAGCGGCAGGCUGCCUCCCCGCAACCUGCACAAGGUGCGCGUGGAUCGCACCCAAGCCACGCUGAAAUGGCAGCCACCUUACGACAUGCCUACCACUCCUCUGACGUACUUGGUGCACGUGAAGGACAUGGUGCGUCGCGCAGAGGUGAGCUACAAGGUCACCACGCAGAACAACACCGUGGAAUACGUGCUGUGCCACCUGGAGCCCGGGGGGCGGUACAGCGUCAGUGUGCGCCUGAGCAACAUGAGCAAGGAGGCCAGCCUGGCGCUCGGCACAGUGCCCCUGCCCGCCCCAGAGGCCCUGAAGAUCCUAGUUGAGAACGAUCACGUCUUUCUUCUGUGGAAGAGCCUGGCAUUGAAAGAGAAGAGCUUCAACGAGAGCAGGGGCUACGAGCUGCACGUCUACGACAGCGUCACCAACUCCUCCACCUGCCUGGGCAACACCACAGAGACCUUCUUCCGCGUCGGCAGUCUGCUCCCGGGCCACAACUACACCUUCUCCGUUCAGGCGCGCUGUCUGCUGAACGGGCAGCUGUGCGGGGAGCCGGCGCUGCUGCUGUACGACAUCCUGAGCACAGCCCCGGACAGCGUCCCGUCCCAGAAGGGCCGCUCGGGUGACGCUGCAGCCGUGGUGGUACCCAUCCUGUUCCUGCUACUGCUGGCGCUGGGCGGUGGCACUGUGGCGCUGUACAUGCGGCACCGGCGGCUCCAGCACAGCUUCACCGCCUUCACCAACAGCCACUACAACUCGCGCCUGGGCUCGGCCAUCUUCUCCUCUGGGGACGAACUGGGUGACGAGGACGAGGACGCACCUAUGAUCAGCGGUUUCUCGGACGAUGUUCCCAUGGUGAUAGCAUAACAGGGAGGAGGGAGGGAGUUCUUUAACAGCCACCCGCCUACACUGAGACCCCACCCCCCAGACAGGCUUUCUCCUUCCCACCUUCAGCCAUUGCUCCCUCUUGCCCCUCACUCCCUCUCUUUUCCUCUCUACCCCUCCCUCUAGAAUUUGUGCCAGUGGGGGUACAGCUGCAAGGGUUUAGGAGAUCGUGAGAGAAAGCAAAAAGAUAAGAAAGAUAUUUUUAAAUAUUCGAUGCACUUUUUUGGAUGCGCAAUAACUUAUUUUUUUAGUAUGUAUAUCCAUAUGUGUGUGUGUGUGUAUAUAUAUAUAUAUAUAUAUAUGCAUAAUAUACAUAUAUAUGUGUAAGGAGAAGAACAUGUAGGCAGAAGUGGAUCAAACUGUGAAGCAUUUGUUGGAUGAAUUAACCACAGAAGCUGGGCCUGCAAGGGAGAGGACCGGUUGGAGUGCACAGCUACACCCACCUGCCUGCCCGCAAACACACACCCACCACCGUAAAUUAGCAUAUUGCAUCCAUCGGCCAAAAAUAGUAGCCGCUGUCACCCGACAAAGGUACUUAUUCCGAGAUCUACGUAUCUUUCAUAUAACAAGUCGUUUUCAGAUGCUGAAAACUAGCGAGCUCCACGGGACGCGACGAUGAGGCCGUCGAUGCGCUUAAGCAACUUGUAUCUUGAAUGUCCUGCUUCAUCAAAAAAACACAGAAACAGUAUGAUGAUGAGAUUUAGCCAUGAAUCUCGCGGGCUGGCCCUACGAAUCUGAGCUGGGGUUGGGGGGGGCUAUGGAUUCUCAGGCCAGUCCCUUUUAAGCUGGUCCACCCGUGUCAGCUGGGUUUUGUUCUGGCACUGGUGGCAGCUACAGGAAGGUGGUGUUCAGUGUGGGAUCGGGCAGGGGGGGGCAGGUUGCUGACAUGUGCCAAACUUCUGGAUGAAAAGGGAAACGGAACAGAAGCGGCUGUUUCUCUGGGAGUUUCCCCCCCGCCUUCCGGGGAGACGGACUUGUUGAUAUUGAUGCUGAAGAGCCAUUUUAACUGGAAGUGGGAUUUUUUUUUUCCUUUGUUUUAUUGAUUUGUUACAUGAAUGUAUUUUAUAAAUUUGUGAUCUUUGAGAUGAUGAAUCUGUCACUUUGCAUCACUUUCAGGAACACACACACACACAAACACACGCGCGCACGCCCAGUCUGUGUCACCGUCACUUUGAGGCAGAGAGCCAUAUACCCACCCCAGCAUCACACCUCUCCAGCUCAGGUGAGGAGUAGGGUUUACCUCAGGGGGGGGUGAUAUUCCCUUAACUUUUUACCUUUCCCCUUAAUUUUUAAUUGUUUGGUUGAAAACCAAGGCCUUGAAAUCCUGUCCCCAAACUGCCCCUAUAAUAUGUAUGUGCCCCCCUCCCCCCAUCUGCACAAUAUAGCUCAUAAUGCCCCCUCUGCCUCAUUCAGCAUAGUGGCUUUUUAUUUUGCCUUGAUGGGAAUUGUAACCAUAGCGAUGGUAAGCAAUGUUUAUUGCUAGGUUUGUCACAAUUUGCCUUUUCUGGAACUAUCUGAGAUGUAUUUAUUCCCACUUACAUAUAUAGACGCGCGCACACGCAUGGUACAAGCCCCGUUCUCCGCUCACCGUCGAAUAAUUCUCAGUCUGUAAACAUUUGCUAUUAUGUGACAGCGAAUACCUUCUGAUUUUUUUUUUUUUUUUGUCGUCUCAAAUUAUUAAAGCUUCACUUUAUUUUUUUACAUUUUCUCACAGAAUCGAAAUGUUUUAAUAUUUCUAAUGUUCCAAGUGUUAGUGGUUUGUUGCCUUUUUUUGUCCUGAUUUGUUUUUUUUUUUGUAAAAUAGGAUUGCUUCACUAAGUUUACUACACACAGUGUGAUGCUAACAGGACAUUUUAAUCUCCCAGCUUAAAAGGUCUUAAGGGAAUAUGAGUGGUUGCACAGGAUGUAGUCAGAGUGUAUUACAAAAACCGCUUAUACUUAAAUAAACUUGUUAAACUUA